AUGGCCAUCUCUAAGGCUUUGAUUGCUUCACUUCUUGUCUCUCUUCUAGUAUUCCAUCUUGUUGAAGCUGAUCAAGCGGUAAUUUUUUUUCGAUAUAUAUAUAUGAAUCGAUCAGAUUGUGGUUCUGCAUGUGCCGGGAGGUGCCGGCUAUCGUCGAGGCCGAACCUGUGCAAGAGGGCAUGCGGGACAUGCUGUGAGCGUUGCAACUGUGUACCUCCAGGCACUUCUGGUAACGAAGAUGUGUGUCCUUGCUACGCCAACAUGACCACUCAUGGUGGCAAACACAAGUGCCCUUAA